AUGGCGAAUCUCAACAUCAAACGUUAUGACCAGCCAGGUUUUGACCCCGAUACCCGUCUUAUCGUCUUCGAUGAGGAGCUCCAUGUGAACUCGGCAAUCUUGAGGUUGCACUCGCAAUUCUUUCGAACGUUUCUGGACCAUUACGAUGCGGAUAGAAAUAUUCAGCAUGAUCCUCACUCGAAUUUUCGGUACGAAUACGUCCUAAAAGGGGGUCAUGACGGAGUGUAUGGCUUGCAGCCGCUUGGGAACGUAAAAUCUGGCAUACGUGACACGGAUGGAAGAGACAAUGAAAUCGAAUACCACAGUACAGUUGCGGAACUAAGAGAGACAUGGAAUCUUGAACAGUUGAUGAAUGCUUUCUACGUUAAACCGUCAAUCAUCGAAGAUCUGGAAGAGCUUGAGGAGUUGGUUCGAACGGCCGAUUUCUACAGUGCUUUGCCAAUUGUAUCCAAAUUUGUUGAGUCCAGCCUGCAGAUUAGUGAAGAGUUGCUUUACAACAUCCCCAAGUUUCCGAUAGAUCAUGCGGUAAAGAUACUAUGCUUAGCACGGAAGUUGGAAGCCAGCAGUUUAUUCCGGGAAACGUUUAUCCAUGUCAUCGCUUUCUCUAAUAGUGACGACGGCCACAGUUACAAAGGGAUUAUCGAGGAGCUAAAGCUACGGCAUAAUGAAGACUUGAUUCCGCUGGUAACUCGAUACCACGCGCUGUUGUGCAAGGAGAUUGCAAAUGCAAACUUCUUUCUGAUGAAGUGCUGCCUGAAUCAAGAACAUCUGAUUCUUCGCCCACAUGCCACUCCUAAAGACAGGGAGCUUGCGCUUAUAUCAGAGGUUAUUCGACAUGAACUCCAGCCUGGGAAUGGAUAUGCCAACCUAGAGCGAUUUUCCGCAGGCUUUUACCAGAAACUGUGUGAUGCACCGUUUGCACCAACUUCGAAUCAAGCGUUAAGGUAUGGCGAAAAUAAUGAACCAGGGACACACCAUAUUCAGACUCUUUCCCGCCAGCUUCAACAGAAGGUUGUGGCGCAUGUCAGAAAAGGUCUCUGGCCUGUGACUAGGAACUGUCUUCAGUUCAAUUACCCGCGUCAUACGGCUGAAUAUCAGCCCGGGCGCCGUGACGCUUUUCUCUGCACACAACUGGAGGAUGGUGAUUUACCUUGGCGCUCUUGA